AGCUGCUGAAAACUGCAUCAGAUACUGAGGUUUAGGGCCUAACUUGUGUGUCCUGGUUUGGUGCCUUGAAGAACCUGUUACCUGUGGUUCAGCCAUAAGGAGACACCCAGGUGUUCAUAAGAUCUUUCUCAAUUGGAUCCCGAGAGUCAAGGGCCUUCUCCAAAGGGUGGCCAGAGCCCUGUGGGCACUGGGAGCCUGGGGGUGUUACUGCCACCCUGCCCCUGCGGGCUUGGAAUUCCCAUCCAGGAAGGUCUUGUAAUGUGGAAAAAAAAAGUUGUGGACUUACCGUGGGAUGAUGACAGUAAUAUUUUUAGUAUACCUUAGUUUAGAAAAUCUAACCAAAUACAUUGGUUAGAAAUAGUACUCUGAGGUCACUCCUGGAAGCAAGGCGGCUCUAGCUAAUUUAUGUAUCGGAGAUGUAAUCACAGCCAUUGAUGGGGAAAAUACUAGCAAUAUGACGCACUUGGAAGCUCAGAACAGAAUCAAAGGCUGCACAGACAACAUGACUCUCACUGUCGCCAGAUCUGAACAUAAAGUCUGGUCUCCUCUGGUGACGGAGGAAGGGGGGAAGCGUCAUCCAUACAAGAUGAAUUUAGCCUCUGAGCCCCAGGAGGUCCUGCACAUAGGAAGCGCCCACAACCGAAGUGCCAUGCCCUUUACCGCCUCGCCUGCCUCCAGCGCUACCGCCAGGGUCAUCACAAACCAGUACAACAACCCAGCUGGCCUCUACUCUUCUGAAAAUAUCUCCAACUUCAACAAUGCCCUGGAGUCAAAGACUGCUGCCAGCGGGGUGGAAGCGAACAGCAGACCCUUAGACCAUGCUCAGCCUCCAAGCAGCCUUGUCAUCGACAAAGAAUCUGAAGUUUACAAGAUGCUUCAGGAGAAACAGGAGUUGAAUGAGCCUCCGAAACAGUCCACGUCUUUCUUGGUUUUGCAGGAGAUCCUGGAGUCUGAAGAAAAAGGGGAUCCCAACAAGCCCUCAGGAUUCAGAAGUGUUAAAGCUCCUGUCACUAAAGUGGCUGCAUCAAUUGGAAAUGCUCAGAAGUUGCCUAUGUGUGACAAAUGUGGCACUGGGAUUGUCGGUGUGUUCGUGAAGCUGCGGGACCAUCACCGCCACCCUGAGUGUUACGUGUGCACUGACUGUGGCACCAACCUGAAACAGAAGGGCCAUUUCUUUGUGGAGGAUCAAAUCUACUGUGAGAAGCAUGCCCGGGAGCGAGUCACACCACCUGAGGGCUAUGAAGUGGUCACCAUGUUCCCCAAGUGACCCAGCAGAUCUGACCACUGUUCUCCAGCCGGCCUCUGCUGCAGCUUUUUCUCUCAGUGUUCUGGCCCUCUCCUCUCUUGAAAGUCUCUGCUUACUUUGGGUUUCCCUCUGCUUCUAAAACAUUGAGUUCCCUCCCCGCCUUGGUUAAUUGACUCACACCAGUUGUGCGAUGCCUGCUUUUACAAUGAAAGGAAAACUGUUUUGUUCACUGUCCCCUUGUCAGCAACACCAUAUCCCUUCCUCCCCUCUGUUCUUCUCUGCUGCAUUUGGACAUCAGCCAAAUUUGAACCCAAUCAAAUAUAAUGUGGCUGACGUUGAUUUUGUUUUUACUCAAUAAAUUUAUAGACUCCAAAGCA